AUGCGUUCUCUUUGUGACGAGCUGACUGCAGCUCGUCAGGACAUCGCUCAAGUGCGUGAGCAGGUCGCUUCGCUGGUCGACCAGACUGGUUCGUUGAAACGGGAUUACUUGAAGGUGGUCUCGGCUCUCGUCCGCGGAGGUGGUCUUCGCCUCUCUAAACGGGCUUGA